GCUGAUUGGGAACAGUUCGCCGAGAGGCAUGGGACCGAGGUCCGAGCCCUGAUGACACGGCGAAGCUGAGGCCAGCAGCCUGCUCCACCUCAGAGCGACAGCAGCAUUACUGUCAAGCCGCCAGCCACCAUCAUCCCCUGCUGCGCGGCGGAGAGGGGCCACCCUGGGCUGACUCCGCAUCAGCCCGUGCUGGAGGAUGGAGAUAGAGAAGGGCACGGAUGGGUUCGACUACCCGGAGAGAAACAACGCCAAGUCGGUGAACGGUUUUUAUGGUGACCGUCCCCUGGAGGCAGAACCCAACGACAGCAUGGAUGCAAUCAAUGACAGUAAUCUAGAUGAUGCAUCUGACCAGCGUACUUGCCUUAUUUGUGGAGAUCGCGCCACAGGCCUGCACUAUGGCAUCAUUUCCUGCGAAGGCUGCAAAGGCUUCUUCAAGCGCAGCAUCUGCAACAAGCGGGUGUACCGCUGCAGCCGGGACAAGAACUGCGAGAUGUCCCGCAAGCAGCGCAACCGCUGCCAGUAUUGCCGUCUGCUCAAGUGUCUGCAGAUGGGGAUGAACCGCAAAGCAAUCAGGGAGGAUGGCAUGCCGGGAGGGAGGAACAAAAGCAUCGGGCCUGUGCAGAUCACAGAGGAGGAGAUAGAGCGAAUUAUGACGGGGCAGGAGUUCAAGGAGGACGCCCCGGAGCACACCUGGGGCAACAACGGUGACAGCGACCACAGCUCCCCCAGCAACGGAGCCUCGGAGGGCAACCAGCCGUCGCCCGCCUCCACUUUGUCGUCCAACCGAUCCGUGGAGAUGAAUGGCUACACGGCAGCCCUCAGGGACCAGUACAUCAACACCUCCAUGUCCACACACUACCAGCUCCUGCCUCACCUUUUCAGCUAUGCAGCUCAGUCAGGCCUGCUGACCCCACAGCCCCGCAGCCUGUACCCACAAUCCCAUCCUCUGGUGCUGCAGCUGGUGGCUGCUGAGGACCUGUCCCCCCUCACCACCCCUAUGCUCAUAGAAGACGGGUACAAGGUAACACAAGUGGAGCUGUUUGCCCUGCUGUGUCGCCUGGCAGAUGAGCUGCUCUUCCGACAGAUCUCCUGGAUCAAGAAGCUGCCGUUCUUCUGCGAGCUCUCCAUAGAGGACUACACCUGUCUGCUCAGCUCCACCUGGCAGGAGCUGAUCCUGCUCUCCUGCCUCACCAUCUACAGCGCCCAGAUCUUUGGAGACCUGGCCGACGUCACCGCCAAGUACACCCCGUCUGAUGACGAGCUGCAGGGCUUCAGUGAAGAUGGGAUGGAAGUGAUGGAGAGGUUGAUAUAUUUGUUUCGCAAGUUCCACCAGUUGAAGAUCAGCAACGAGGAGUACGCCUGUAUGAAGGCCAUCAACUUCCUCAACCAAGAUAUCAGAGGACUGUCCAACACCUCCCAGCUCGAGCAGCUGAACAAGCGCUACUGGUACGUCUGCCAGGACUACACCGAGUACAAGUACCCGCACCAGCCCAAACGCUUUCCUGAGAUCAUGAUGUGUCUGCCCGAGAUCCGCUGCAUCGCAGGGAAGCUGGUGAAUGUCCCCCUGGAGCAGCUCCCGCUCCUGUUCAAAGCAGUCUUGCACUCCUGCAAAUCCAGCCUGACCAGCUACAGGACCGGCCCGUCCCCCUGCGUGACUGGGUCCUCUGGAAACUAACCUAUCCCGACCGCGCGAGCCUAGGGACCGGUCUCCCCUCCUGUGAAUGUGACAAGCAGCUAGUUCUUUUUUUUCUUGUAAUAUUUUUCUUUAUAUAUUUAUUACACGACAGAGCUGAAUGUAUGCUGAUUUACACUGUGCACAUCUUCUGUACAAAACAAAUGCUCAAAGAUGCAUUGGUCUUUGGAGUUUACAAGUGUAUAUCCAGUUUGCUCAAUGUGUCGGCGUUGCCAUUGUUAGACUAGACUUUAAAAGAGCUUAUUUUAUUCAGACAGGGCAGCAAGACACAUUUGUGAUUUGUGACUACCUCAGGAAGAUGUUGUUGCUAUUUUCAGGUACCUUUUCUUGCUUUGAAAUGAAGAGUCGCCCGGUCUAAAAUCAAACCUGUGGAUGCUUUGACAUCUCAAUCAGAGACUGAAUGUUACAAUGAGCUGCAGAAAUCGGAGUUUAAAAACGUCGGUGUUUAGUGGCACCGAAAAUGCAAAACCCAUUAGCAGAAAUUUAGCUACUUUCUAUGCAUGGACUCUCAGAUAUCCCGUAUAUGGGAGGCAGUCCUGUCCAUGUAACAUUCCAUGAGUUAAGUUGGCCGUUGUUGGAUCUGUGGGAUCACUGAAAAAGGAGCAUACGGGUAUUUUUUACAAUCAUAGACUAGGGAUGUAAGGCUUUAUUGCAGGGGAAGGGGAGGGUAACUAGGUUUGCUGUUUUUGUUUCUUUUGCUUUCUAUUCUAGACCAAAGUAUUAUGCAAUGCUUUCUUCAAGCACCCACUAAUGGGUAUGAGCUGUUAGCUCCACAAAGAAAAAGUAUAUGUAAAGGAGAUUUUUCUUAUCAAUGAAGGAUCAGGAUAAGAAACUAAUCAAUAUAACCAGAGGAGAGACUCUCAGCUGGACAGACAUGUAGGUCACCUAAAUUCCACCUUAAUGCUGCUGAUCAGACGCUUGGUUUGCUGCCACUCUUGUGGCUCUGGGCCUUGGUGGACUGUCCCCUCCAGCGUCAAAGGUUUCAACACUCUUAAACAAUAUCGCCCAUGUGUGGAAAGCUUCUGAGUGUUCUCGCUUCCUCUCGCCAGCUGAUGUCUUAUGAUCUUUUAUUUGGGAACGACAACAACGUUCCAUCUGUGAGGCUCAAAUUGGCUUCAUUCUCUUUUUGUUGUGAUCAGAAACCUGAACCCAUACAAUCAGUCAAAUCUGUGGGUCUCAAUGCAUCCGUUCGUUCAAACACUGCAGCAACAUGUUCUUGUACCAGACGUUGGGAAGGACAGAUUCUACAACUGAUUCAAUAAGCUACAAAUGAGCAAAUCAAAAUUAGCCCUGCUACUGCAGCUAUUGGGACUUUUUUGAAUCUGAAGAGGCUGACCGUUCCACAGGGCUGGCUCAGAGUGAAUUCAGUGUGAUUGAGGCCCAUGUCUUAAAGAACCGCGGCUUAAUGAUGGAAUUUAGGUGAUCUGUGUCUGGGUGACCCUCUGGGACAGAUAUGCACAUUGUUUUAAAAAGAAUAGCCAUAGAAAAUGGUCUUUAUUUUUUAAAUAUGAGAUGAUCAUUUCAAACCGCUUGAAUAUUCCUCGUGGACUCUUCGAGGUUUUAGCUGUUUCAGGAUAUUCAAACAAUUAGAAGCGCAGGAAAAAUACUGUUCUUGCAGCGACUGUUUUUUUUUUUUCUUUUU